AUGAUUUUCAACAAGGCCACCUCCCUGUUCCCUACUCCAGUAAAACCCACUGCAGCGAUUUCGACUUAUCCACCUCUUGUGCGCCGACAUCCGGCUUCACUCAUUGCCAAAUCACUUCACCAUCCAGGGCUUCUCGCGUUGGUAAGGCAAAGAGUCAGCCGGGAAAUGAUCUCUCACAUUGCGCAGGUAGCGAUCAGCGUUAUUCAAUGUCAGUCGGACUCACCCGAGUCACUGCUCUCGCCGCCAGCGACUCCUAUCAGACUGGAACACGUCGGUCGUGAUCAGACUCCUUCGAGAACUCCGAGCCCUUACUCCCGAGACCCCCGAAAGGAAGCUGAGAGCUCUCUGCCUUCAUUGGAGGCUUUCAUUCAAAUCGUCGUUGAGAAAUCUAAUGUGCAAGUUCCGACCUUGCUUUGUACAAUCAUCUACUUGGAACGGCUUCGUACCAAGCUCCCUAAGAUUGCGAAAGGCCUCAACUGCACGCGUCAUCGAGUGUUUCUAGCUGCAUUGAUCGUGGCGGCAAAAUACCUAAACGAUUCAUGCCCUAAAAAUAAGCAUUGGUGCUCUCAUGCUUCAAUCUUCGCGGACGUAGAAGUCAAUUUGAUGGAGAGACAAUUGCUAUUUCUACUUGAUUUUGACUUGAGGAUGGAUGAAGAGACUUUAUUGAAGGCAUUUGCGCCUUUCUUACCCGAUGCCUCGCCUCGCGCCAUCCCUGCGCAUCUCAGUCAGAAAGUCCUACCCCCCACCCCCUACCGGGCUCCAUCUAACCAGAGCUUUGCAAACACUCCGCCAUCGAUCUCCCAUACGACCCCGCGCAACAACCUCACAAAGUACCGUGAUUCCCAUCAUGGCGCUCCACUCACACCCUCGCCUUCGCCGAUUCGAAGACUCAUGGCUUACGGGAAUGGGCUCGCCGAUAAAACGAUCCAGCGAAUUGGAGGCGCUCAACGAGGCCCCAAGGCUUCCCCGGCUUCCUCGGCCACGUCGUCGAAUCCUUCCACUGUUGACAACAGCUCUCCCGAAGAAGAGCUCCUAUUUCAACUCUCCCUCUCUGGUCACAAACCAUUCCGUGCUUUACAAGCUCCUCACAAGAUACAACUGGAGCGCUCCCCCUUCUCCAGCCACCAUCCGGUAACUCGGAGAAAUGUAUCUCACAGUCAUUAG